AUGGCUGAGGAACAACCUACGAGGAGGACUUUGCUUGACUACUCGAUGCCAAAUACAAAUAAUUACCAAGGGAGCAUCGUGAGACCUCCUAUUCAAGCCAACAAUUUUGAAAUCAAGCCGACACUAUUACAAGUCAUCCAGCAGAAUCAAUUCGGAGGUGCAGGUUCAGAGGAUCCUAAUUCUCAUUUGGAGAAUUUUCUGGCCAUUUGUGACACUUUGAAGAUUAAUGGAGUUUCAGAUGAUGCAAUCCGCUUGAGGCCUUUUCCUUUCUCGUUAAGGGAUAAAGCUAAAAGCUGGCUUCAUACACAACCUCAAGGUAGUAUUUGUACAAGGGAAGAUAUGGCUACAAAAUUUGAAAGGUACAAGGAGCUAUUGAGGAAAUGUCCACAUCACGCUUUACCAGAUUGGUUGCAAGUCCAAAUAUUCUAUAAUGGUCUUGUACCAUCUUUUAAAGCAAUUCUGGAUGCAGCAAGUGGAGGAUCGUUCAAUUUGAAAACACCUGAGGAAGCUUUGGAGACUUUGGAGUUAAUGGUAAGUAAUGCAAUGAAUAUGCAGUUUGACCGGCAAAAUAGAAAAGCUGGAGUGUUGGAGGUUAAUACUUUGGAUGCUAUCCUUGCCCAAAACAAGUUGUUAACACAACAAAUUACCGAGUUGACGCAGAAGUUGGGGAAUAUGCAAGCAAAAGCAGUUAAUACAACGUCUCUACCAUGUGAUUUUUGUGGAGGAAUGCAUCAAAAUGGUGAGUGCCAAGUAACUCAACAAGAGGCGCAGGUGAAUGCAAUGGGACAACAACAAAAUCAGUUUUCUACUAAUUUUUCAAAUUGGAGGAGCCCACUAAAUAAACCUUGGAGUGGUUCAAAUCAACCCAAUCAACCAAGGCCUCCUUAUCAAUAUCAAGCACAAUCUAGUAACCAAGGAAACAAGAUGUCUACGUUGGAGAGUGCUGUGGAGAAAUUAACUGUGCAAACCUCAACAUUUGUGGAGCAAACUUCUAAUUUUAUGAAUGAGACAAGGACUAAUUUCAAGAAUCAGGAAGCUUCAAUCCGGAAGUUGGAGAAUCAAAUUGGUCAACUUUCACGACAAAUUUCGGAGAGGCCUCCUGGAACAUUCCCCAGUGACACCGUUCCAAACCCAAAGGAGCAAUGUAAGGCAAUUCAAUUGAGGAGUGGGAGGUUGGUUGAAAAUGAGAAAAAGAGUGAGGUGAGUAGCGAGAAAAAUGCACAAGGAGAUGACAUUGUAAAAGAGAGUGAAAAAAAUGAGUGGAAAAAUUGUGAGGAGAAGUGUGAGGAGGAGAGUGAGAGAGAAAAAAAUGAAGAGAGUGAAAAAGGUAAAAUGAGAGAAUAUGUUCCUACAAUCCCAUUUCCUCAAAGGUUGAAGAAGAAAGAUCAAGAGAAACAAUUUGCAAGAUUUCUUGAUGUCUUUAAGAAGCUCCAUAUAAAUAUCCCAUUUGCAGAGGCAUUGGAACAAAUGCCAAGCUAUGCGAAAUUUACGAAGGAUUUGUUGUCUAGGAAGAGGAAGCUGCAAGAAGAUGAAACCAUAAUGCUUACAGAGGAGUGCAGUGCAAUAAUUCAACAAAAAUUACCUCCCAAGUUGAAGGAUCCAUGA